AGCGUGCGUAUAUAGUUCCCUCUCAUCAGUAACAGUAUCAGUAACAACAUCAGUAACAUUUCCUUCGCGAGUACCUUCAACCAAGAUACAAAUCGAUCUAUCCAUUCUACGGACAUUCGAAAAUCGCCCAACACUGUAACUCAGCUAAAGAAAUCGGUUUGCCUUUACUCGAGUCCGAAGAACGCGUAACUCCAGUGCAUCCCAUUGGGUGUCUGCCUUAAAGUGCGCCAUAAACUAAAAGCCAAACCUAAACGUCGGCGGAGAGGGAAAAUAAAUAACGCCCACCGAAACGCAACACCACCUACUGGUCACCCGUGGCACAACGAGCAGGGGGCGGAGAGGCGAAAUCACAGAGCAGCGCGAUAUAUACGGGCCAGAGUAGAUAAAGCCGCCACCAGGCCAGGCCAGGACAGGACAAGACAAGGGGAAAGAGGAAAGAGGAAGUGGAGGUAGCGACGUUGCCGCUCUUCACCCGACCAACCAAUCAGCCACAAAAAAGGCAGCAAUUAAGCGCGGUGUUAUCUGAACAGAUAGCGAUUAGAGGCGAGAAAAUAGACCCCAAUUGAGUGGAAAAGCCCCCAUUGCCCCACAGCCAAAGAGCAGCGCAGAGAGCUCCGCCAGGCGGGAGUCAGUCACGUACGUAUCCCCAUUCGCCGAGAGCGGGAGCACCCAACUGGGAGAGCCACGAGCAGCGGAGCGCCACAUCGAGCACCCCACUCACAAGCACAGCACUCAACCUCAAACGCCCGGGCACCAGUACACAUACCGCCUGUCAAAAUGUUUGCUGUAAUGCGAAUCGACAACGAUGACUGCCGGUCCGAUUUCCGCCGCAAGAUGCGUCCGAAGUGCGAGUUCAUUUGCAAGUACUGCCAGCGGCGAUUCACCAAGCCGUACAACCUGAUGAUCCACGAGCGCACCCACAAGUCCCCCGAGAUCACCUAUUCGUGCGAGGUGUGCGGCAAGUACUUCAAGCAGCGGGACAAUCUGCGCCAGCACAGAUGUAGUCAGUGUGUUUGGCGAUAAGCUAAAAUACCACAUAAACAUAUAUAUAAAUAUAUAUAAAACCACACACAGAGCAAUAUAUAAAGUAAAACCGAUAUCUAAGCACCGCAGCACCAACAACAGCACGCAAUAUCACAGCUAUAUCUUACACACACAUAAUGAAUGAAUGGGAUCUGAUGAGGCAACUGCAACACACCCCGCCUACUUCUUCAUGCACCACUCUCUAAAUACAUAUAUACAAUAUAAAUACCUGCAACAGCAGCCACUGCAACUGCAACAUUGCUUAAACCACUAGAUGCAAUCUACAGCCACGACAAGCGAUUAUAGUGAAUGGAAUGCUAAGUUCAGGUGUUGGUUUUCAAUCUAUUCGGUUAUCUGGUCUAUACAAUGCACUUGCCACGCCCCCAACCAACAGCAGGCAAACACAAAUAUGCAGAUGUUGCGCAGGCGCAGCACAACAGCAGCAGUUGCAGCAUAUGCAGCAGUGGCAAAAAUUGCAACGUGCGUUGCAACAGCAGCCACCAUAUUUUCAAUAAUACUUCCAGAAAUCUUCACAUGGACACUUGUGGGCGUGGCUGCUUCGGAAAGUGAUGAAGGCGGCACCCUAAGGCAGCCUGCAACUUGCAACAUCUAAUAGCUGAGAACGUGCAACAUCCCGAAGUGCAGUGAACAACAAAGUGCAGCUCUUAAUGGUGCCAAAUCUGAAGAAAACAACUGCUAUAUGCUUUUAACUGCAGUAAUGCAAGAAAAUAUCACCUUUAUUGAGUUGCAACCACUUUUCGAACUGUAUUUAUAACGUGCUAACCUACCGCAACAAACAACAUGCAACAUAUAGAAGAAAUCCAUUCAAUCCUGCAAGCAUCCGAGCAUCAUCAACACACCACAAUAAGCAGAAAUCAACAGAAGUCCCAGCAGAACUCAGCAAACCAACUAACAACAACACAUGCAACACAACAGCAACAUGUUGCUGCUGGCUUUCUCACAUGUGUUGCAAGUGUCGCCAGCGAAAGUGCAAUUAAGCCACAGCUUCUUGGGCUUUUAAAAGUGCAGGCAACAACAGCAACACAGAGAGCAGCACACCAGCAACAUGCAGCAUGCAACAUGCGACACACCAACAACAUGCAGCAUGCAACAUGCGACAACUAUCAGCUGCAAUUAUCUUGCCUUAAAACAUAUUACCGAUUUACACACAUACACACACUCUCGCUAUAUUUUAUGAAUAAUACAAAUUAAUUACAAUUUAAUAAUAAUAUUUAAAACGCAAGAAAUCAAAAACAAACACCCACACACUUAC